UCUUGACAAUGAACUCCACUCUCUUCCCACAGUCUCUAACAAUGGGUAAGCUCGCCGGCGCCGCCGCCUUCAUCCUCCUCUUCAAUCUCUCCUUCCUCCUCCACGCUCUCGCAUCCGUCGACGACGUCGCAUGCGACUGCGAUCACCACCCAAAACCCAAGCCUCCGCCGCACAAACCGCCGCAUUACCCCCCAAAACCACCCAAAUCUCCACCCUACAAACCCGUAAAACCCUCUCCUCCGCCGUACGUCCCAAAACCCCCCGUCGUAAAACCCUCUCCUCCGCCGUACGUCCCAAAACCCCCCGCCGUAAAACCCUCUCCUCCGCCGUACAUCCCAAAACCGCCCGUCGUAAAACCCUCUCCUCCGCCGUACGUCCAACCGCCGGUGUUCAAGCCCCCGCCGCCGCCGCCGUACGUGCCGACUCCGACUCCGAGCCCACCGGUGAAGCCGGCACCGGUGGUUCCGACGCCGGCGCCACCGACGGAGACCCCGUGCCCGCCGCCGCCGAAGCCGGAAACGUGCCCGAUCGACACGCUGAAGCUGGGAGCGUGUGUGGACUUGCUGGGGGGGCUGAUCCACAUUGGAAUCGGAGAUCACGCGAAAGACACGUGCUGCCCGGUGCUGCAGGGGCUGGUGGAUUUGGACGCCGCCGUCUGCCUCUGCACCACCAUUAAAGCUAAGCUUCUCAACAUCAAUCUCAUCAUCCCCAUUGCCCUCCAAGUCCUCAUUGACUGCGGCAAACACCCUCCCAACGGCUUCCAAUGCCCCGCCCAUUGAAAUUGGAGUUCACGGGCGGAAUUUGUAGACACAGAAGAAGAUGAUAAUAUUGAAAUGCCAAAGUGACAGACAGACAUGUGGAGAUAAAGACAAGACAAGAUAAUGACAAGUGAUAUUAGUUUUGUUUUUCUUUUUGGGUUUAUAUUUUGGUUCAGAGAAUGUGAAAUGUUCUCUCUUUUUAGUGUGUUUGUGUUGUGGGAGUUUGAUGAGUUUCACGUCGUGUUGUGUUAUCAUUUAUCAAACAUCAAAUAUCAAAUCUAUGUACUGUGCUACCAGAACUACUGCUACUGUUCAUUCAAUCGUUUCCAACAAUAUAUAUGCAAACCCCCGUCUGGUUUUAAUUA